AUGUCGCUUGGCCAACUGGUCAGCUCCAACGCCCAUACAAAGUGGGCCGGCCGGCCGACCACCCGCACGCCGCAAUCCGCAGCCAUCCACGGCCAUCCCGGCCGCCUCGCUGCCUCGCCAUCCGCGCGCGCGCCCUACCCCCAUCCCGGCCCGUCUCUCCCCGCGGCGCCUCGCAUCACCCCAUCUCACCCGGCCAACUGGUCAAUUCCCUUCGCCAGCACGCACGCAACUCGCCGCGGGCACCGGACGCCUGCCUGCCUGGCCCUCGCCGGCCCGGACGGCCUCCUUGCCUUGACGCCGUUCGAGCCAAGUCAACGCGAUUUGAUUCCAGAUCCAUCCCUUCCUUCCUCGGCGAAGUCGAAUGGCCAACUGGCGUAUGAAGUUGGUCGAAGAGAAGGAGGGAGGGACCCUGGCUCAUGGCCGGGGGUCCCAUCCCAGAGCCCCCUCCAACCGCCGGCGCUGCCGGACCUGUCAUGUUGCGAGUGCUGA